GAAAAUAAAUGCGGACGUAUUUGAAUAUCGCGCGACAAAAUAAUUCGAAUAUAUUCAUUAAAACCGGCAUAAAUAACUUAAAACGGAUCGGUGAUAAGUCCUGAUAAACUUCGUCCUCCCCGCAACACGCGGGAGAGGAGGAGGCCGGCAGCCAUCUUGGAUCGUCACGCCAUCUGGGCCUCAACCGGCUGUAAACGGUCGGCGGGCUCAGCGUACCGGAGGAUAGUGGUUCGCCUCUCGGGCCGUACUCGGCCACCACAGCCGACGGCCCGUCGUCUUCCCGGGCCGAAGGAGAGGAAGCGGGCAACCUCCUCGGUCCGACUCCAGGUUUAGAGAGAGAGAGUCGACGGGAGGAGAAUGUUCGGACAUGAACGCGGAAUCUAACGUCGCCUUCAAAGGGAAGAUCUUUCCGAGAUCGUGCUCCGUCUGCGGCGUCUUCUACCAGUCGGCCAGACACUACUUCGUCCAUUCUCGCAAGAAGGUAGCCUGCAGGCCCAAACCCUACACAUGUUCGGAAUGCGGGCGCGUCUUCAACUACUACUGGAAUCUGAUCGCCCACGAAAAGAGAAAAUACUCUUGCCGCUCGGCCAGCGCUCAGGAGAAGGCGGAGAAGACGGUCAGAUCGCCCAAAACUAACACUUCCUUCGUUUGCAGCAAGUGCGGCACCCUCUUCUGCUAUCAGAAAUCCUACGAGAAGCACUGCAGGAAAUGUCAGUCCUCCGACGCCCCCGACUCGGCCAAAUCCGCACGGUCCCCUUCGGGCGAUGUCUUCCAGGACCGCCCGGAAUUGGCCACAGUCGAGUCUCGGCCCUCCACAGAAGUGGAAGAGGUUCCGGAGGACCCACCCAACUCGGAGGGCAACGCGGCCCGCCGGCGUCAUUCGUUCGGAGCAGAGGCGGCCCGCCCGGAGAAUCGAUUCGUUUGCAAAAUAUGCGACUAUUCGUUCGUGGGGGCCUACGCCUGGAGCAAACACAUGAAGAAGCACCCGUCUUUCAAGAUGCCCAGCAAUUGUUUCGGCUGCCCCGUCUGCGGGGAAGUGUUCUAUUCCGCCUACAUUCUGUUUCGCCACCAGAAGAGGAACCAACACUGGAAGAGGGCGUCGUCUGCCGACGACGGGGACAACGAAGACGCUCUCCCUCCCGACGGAUCGGUGGAAUCGGAAAACGAGGGACCGGCGCCCUCCGAAGGUAAAGACGCCAAGAAGGUGGCGGGGGUCAAGAAAGAACCGGCGCCUUCGAUCGCUAGGAAACCUCUAGACAGACCCAAAUGUCCAACUUGCGGAAAAUUCGUGGCCCGGUCGCGCGGUAAGUCCACUUCCUUCGACCACUACUUCCCCUGCAAGUGGUGCUCCGAGCAGUUUCGCACGGCCGAAACCACUUCCGGUCGCCGGCCUUCUUACGAGUGCGUCCGAUGCGAUCGGCGACCCACGUCGCGUUCUCGCAUCCAGGACGCUUCCCCUGAAGAAGUCGAGGUGAAGAGGGAAGAGAAGAGGAACGACGAAUCGGAUGCCGAGUGCGGCGACAAAUCCAAAGCUUUGGAACGCCGUUCGUUCCGCUGUUCGGUGUGUGGCAGUGUCUUCCGUGACGUCACAGGUUACGUCUCUCACAGUCUGAACCACUUCAAUUCCAACCGGUUGGAUCCCAACGAAAUAAGCCGCGACAAGCCUUACGAGUGCGAGAUCUGCCCCGAGAAGUUCACUCAUCACCAGAAGGUGCAGAUGCACUUCCUGCGCCACCUGAAGACUGUGGCGUCACCCUCCCGCCACGGCGACAAGGGCGCCGAAUCCGACGGGCGCUCGUCGCUGUCGGUGGCGGACGGCGCCGGCGCCAGGCUACAGAUAGCCAAAAAGAGUAUUUUCGUCAAGACUGACGUCGACGCGCGGCUCGGCGCCAGGACGGGGCGGUCGGUCUACCACUAUCGCGGCGAGGCGGGAAGCGAGAUCGGCCAGACGGCAGAAGAGGAGGAAACGUCGGGGCACGACGGAAAAUGCCCGGAAUCUUCCCGGAAGGACGCGAAUUCUCGGGACGAGUGCGCCUGCGGGGGAUGCGGGCCGCGAGUCUUUCCGGAAGUGAACAGGUUUCUGGGUCUGUCCGAUAGAGGGAUCCGAGAGGCCGAUGCGUCGGAUGGCCCGCGCACCCUGAGGAACCACUUCUCGCGACUUCUGUUUCUUCUGGUAGACGAUCCGGAACUGAUGCGCAGCCUGGGAUGGGGCAAGAGGCGCAUAGACGACAUACUGGAGGAAGUGCUGCGCCACCUGGGCAGGAAACCGGCGGAGGGACGCGACGGAAUGCGCAGAUUUCGCUCCAACAUCUCGCUGUUCUUCGAAGUGUGCAUCAAAGACGCGGUGAUGGAGAAACUGAAGAGCGGUUGCGCCUCCACCGAAGAAUUAGUGGUUAACAUGUUGUUGUUAUGCGAAAACAGUCUCAAAAAUUAAAACACUCCAACGUGUGCGACCCGCGUAGUUCCAUAGGAAGAUCGGCGAUGGCCACGAUUUUAUUAUAAUUUAUGUGCGGAAAAUAAUUUAAUCCGACGACCGAAUGUAUGCAGAACUUUUUUAAAAUAUAUUGUGACGUUUAGAAA